UUUUUUUUUUGAAAAACAUUCUUCAAGAAAAUACUUCCAAUGAAAAUCCAUUUUCCAUCUCCCACAACACACCCAGAACACAGUUAUAUUGAGCAUAUGGAUAUUUAGCUAUUUUUUUUGAAAAAUGCUGAAUUUUCUUAUCCAAGCGUUUUCAAUGAAACACAGCAACAAAUACUCUUCCAAUUUUAUUUUUUUUAACCAUAUCCUGUCGGCAAUUGAUUGAGAAAUCAGCAACCUGUUGAUUUGAAUCAGAAUUUUCUCCGGUCAAGCUUGUUGCAGGCACUGCCCAGUUCAACUUGCAGUUUCAGCUUCUGGAUUUCGGAAUUCAACUUGAUCAGCAUAAUUGGACAAACUGUCAAGCUGCCUCUGUUGUCUGGAUAGUCUUGUUGCAGGCACUGCCUAGUUUAAUUUGCAAUUCCAACUUUUGGAUUCGCGGAGAUGUGGAGGGGUUGGAUGUAGUAGUCACGAGGGAGAGGUGGAGCUAGAGUAGGCUGAAAAAGUAUUAAGGAAAAGUGAUUAGACACAACAUGAUGCAGCUUCUGACCUUAGAUAAGAGGGAGAGGGAAUGGAGACUGCGGACCGCCUAAAAGGGCACGCCAUGAUGGCAGGAUUGAUGCAGUCUUCUCUGUGUCAUUUCCGUGGACAGUCUUUUCAGGGAUGCAGGCAAUGGGAAACUGGGAAUAUUGGGAUCUCUCAAUUUGAGCUCUCAACUCAGGGCACAUCGGGUCCUUGCAUAUGCCCAACAAAGGAUGAACAAAGGUCAACUACGGAAGACGUUGUCUCAGCAAACUUCCCUCAUCAUCAGUCAGAAGAGUUAUCGCAAACUGCACAGCCGGCACAACAGCAAUUGGGGUAUCCGCAGAUGCAUCAGAAUCAGCAGCUCCAACAGCAACAACAACAACCUCAGCAGGUUUUGCAUCAGCAGCAAUCUUCUCCAGCAAUGAAUUCCCCUGGUGGUCAUAAUUUACUGAGUUUGACUGGAUCAGAACCAGAUGCCACUGGAUCUGGGACAACGACUCCUGGGAGUAGUUCAAGCCAGGGGGCUGAAGCAAGCAAUCAGUUUCUUGGGAAGAGAAAGAUUCAGGAUUUAGUUUCACAGGUGGAUCCUCAGGGAAGAGUUGAUCCUGAAGUUGAACAGUUUCUUUUAGAGAUCGCUGAUGACUUUAUUGAUUCGGUUACUACAUUUUCUUGCAAUUUGGCGAAGCAUCGGAAAUCUUCGACUCUGGAGUCCAAAGAUAUACUGUUACAUUUAGAGAAAGAUUGGAAUUUGACUGUCCCAGGUUUUUCAAGUGAGGAUAAGAAACACUGCCCUGAACAUUCAUCAGGUGAUCUCUGCAAAGAGCGUUUGGAAAUGAUACCUGAUAUGAUGGAGGCUUCACCACAAGCUGAAGCAAGUACAAGCAGCAGCGCGAAGGAGAUCGUAAGUCCAGGGCUGGGUGACCAGGUUGGUUCGACUGACAUAAUCGGACCACCAAGUUCAGAGGAAUUGGCUUCACCAUCUAAUGGUGAAAUAUAGUUCAACUAUAACAAGAUGUGAUGUUCCGUGGAGAUUGGUAUACCCCUUGCUUUACUGUAAUAAAACCUUUUUCAACUUUAGUUUGCUUGUCGACUGAAGAACGUGAACAUAAGUCUGUUAUGAAUAUUCAUGACCUUUUGUUGGUAUGUUAUGUUAAGUUUUCUUUAUUAUUUA